CUCACAUAGCACAGUCACACUUUGAUCCAAGUAUAUCCAAGUCAGGCUAUUAGCCGUGUUGUUUAUUUCGCGCAAGAUUAAUAUCUUUCUCGAUAAAAUGUCAAUGAUAUUUCGGCAAGUCGUUAACAAGUUGCAAGGAGCUACUCGUCAAGCGCUAAGAUAUUGCACGAUCGUUGAAAAUCAAACGAAAGCGCAGGAUAUCGUGCCGAUUAUAUCGGAGGUACGGUAUGACGAUGAAAGCACGCUUUAUCAGAAACCCCGGCAGGUGUGGCUGGAGAAUUUAGAUACUGUAAAGGAGAAGAAGCUGGGUUUCGUCACUUUACAUCCGCAAAUUUUUGCGGCCACCCCACGUAUCGAUAUCAUUCAUCAAAAUGUGAGAUGGCAAAAGAUGUACCGCUGGGUGUCUUAUGCGAAUACAAAGACGCGUGCUGAGGUCAGAGGUGGCGGUAGAAAACCUUGGCCGCAAAAAGGAUUAGGACGAGCUCGUCAUGGGAGUAUACGUUCACCAUUGUUUGUAGGUGGUGGACGAGCACACGGUCCUCGUUCCCCGACACCACAUUUUUAUAUGUUACCCUACUUCACUCGCGUAGCUGGUCUCACAUCGAUGUUAUCUGUGAAACUUGCACAAGAUGAUCUGCACAUAGUCGACAACCUAGAGAUUCCUACAUCGGAACCUUCCUAUAUCGAGCAACUGAUGGAGGAGAGAAACUGGGGACCAUCCGUUCUCAUGGUGGAUUCUUAUGAUAUUAUGCCUAAAAACAUCUCGUUGGCUACUGAUACGAUAAAACAUGUUAAUCUCAUGCCUGUUUAUGGUCUGAACGUGUAUAGCAUGCUGAAACAUGAUACUCUGGUGCUUACAGAAAAGGCAGCUAGAUUAAUAGAAGAAAAAUUAAUUUUCCAAUUUAACAGAUCAGAUUCCAGGAGAAUAUUAGCUCCAUUUAAAAUUAACCAACAUUGAAAAACAGCAAUUUCUAAUGUAACUAACUGUUUUAUACAUAUAUACAGAUUACUUGUACAUCUUUAAAUAUUACUUAGCGCACCACUAAUUAGCGUAUCAUUAA